CACAGAUCAAUCAAUUCCGCCAUUUUAUAAGGCUCAGUGGGCGUUUUCUCAGUUCCCCAGUUCCCUGAGCACUCACUUGAACAAGAGUACGAGGCCGCUGUACCAGUACAUGCCCCUGCGCCCAGCAGCCCCCACCUCGAGCAACAGUCGACUCCCUCAUUGGCCUGGUGCUCGCUGCUGACGCGUAAACUGCCAUCGUAGGCUCUGGCCCAGAGUGGGCAAGAGUGAACGAGACGCACACCCUCCCGAGACACCCCGUCCCUUUCCCUUUAUUCCCCUGGUCCACCCAUCGAUUCUCAUCGCCGCCUGCUCCUGCCUCUCCUCUUUUGUGCUGUCUGUCUCUCUUACCUGCCUGCAGUGGUCAGCCAUUCGCGAGCCGUCAACUCCUCUCCUUUAACCCUUCACUCUCGGCGACGACGAACAAAAGAAGCGAGUCAGCUUGUUUCUACGACGAAAGAGUGUUCGACGAUACUCCCGACGAUUGAGAAAAAGGAAAACAAACGAUUCUGGCUACAUUAGUCAUCAGCUGGUCAGAGCAAGCGACAACUCCCGCGGCAACAGUCAGUUGGUCAUUCUCAGGACCAAAAGGAUUCAUCUGGACAACGCGUGUACCGUGGCAAUCAGGCCUACCAUCACGCACCUCUCGUUGCUGACGACGACAAUUUACGAUCAAUAUUACGACGACAUAUCUCCGAGGUUUCUUGGGCCUCGUAAAUAGCAACAAUUGAGCCAUCAACUACCUAGCCCGAUCACGUAUCCGGGCAACGACAUAUACUGAAAUAUCUAUUCUCAGCAUCUUCAUCCACGAACUAUCAACUUACAAAACAACAUAUUAGCAAUUAUGGCGGGCCAACGUACGCCUGCGGGCGAGUAUGGCGAGGAAUGGGCCCGAGACCUUCGGGUCCAAUUCGAAGGCUUGUUGCGUGACAAGCGUAUGAAUGAUCUCCGUGCCUCAUCGCGACAAGGCUCUCCGAGCUCGGGAGAGCAGUCUCCCCGUAUGCGAGGCUCUCCGUUCCCCAGCGAUAGCCGACCCUCGACAUCACAAGGGCCUGGUCUUCCCUCUUACUCCGCCCUGCGACAUCUCCCCAAGAUCCCUACACCUCCCGCCGCCGGUGAUCGCGAUUCUCAAAAAUUCAGAAACCUCCUCAUAAGCUUAUCAUUAACACCAACCAAAUACGAGAACCCCGGUCUGUUGGACGAGGCAUUGCAAACCAUCCCAUUAGAUCGUAUCUAUGGCGAGGCCGAGGAAGAGACUCAGGUCUUGCAAGCUCAGGCUGAGAGUAUGGGUGAUGGACGACGACCCGAAUGGGGUUACCAAGACUGUGUUAUCCGGGCAUUAUUAAGAUGGUUUAAGCGAUCGUUCUUUAGCUGGGUCAACAACCCACCCUGCCCCGUCUGCUUAUCUCCCACCAUCGCCCGAGGCAUGACUGCUCCUUCACCUGAAGAGAGUGCUUGCGGCGCCCUUCGUGUCGAAUUGUAUCAAUGCUCUGCUCAACAUUGUGGUGCUUUCGAGCGCUUCCCUCGUUACGGCGAUGUCUGGCGGUUAUUACAAACCCGACGAGGACGUGUUGGCGAAUGGGCCAACUGCUUUAGCAUGCUUUGCCGAGCUGUCGGAGGCCGUGUUCGCUGGGUCUGGAACGCUGAGGACCAUGUCUGGACUGAGGUGUAUUCAGACCACCAAAAGCGAUGGGUUCAUGUGGAUGCUUGUGAGGAAGCAUGGGAUAACCCUCGCCUCUAUGCUGAGGGUUGGGGCAAGAAGAUGUCCUACUGCAUCGCAUUCUCCAUUGAUGGAGCUACUGAUGUCACUCGACGAUACGUGCGCAAGAAUCAGCAUGCUGCUGAGCGUAACCGAUGCCCCGAAGAGGUUCUUCUCUACGUUAUGCAAGAGAUUAAGAACAUGCGUCGAUCCAACAUGAACAAGGACGAGCGAUUCCGAUUGGAGAAGGAAGACAGCCGGGAAGACAACGAACUCCGAGGCUACGUCGUGGCCUCAAUUGCACAGGCCGUAACUGACUUGGUUCCUGGAUCCCCUGGCGGAUCAAACCACACUGGCGCAAGCGGAAGCGAUACCAAGUUGCCUGCUGAGCAACCUGGUCGACAAACUGGCUCUACAGAAUGGUUGACUGCCCAGCAGCAACAAUCUGGUCGAUAUCAACAGCCUCGCGAUCCCAGCCACCGACGCCCAUUGCCUUGAAAGCCGCGCGCACAUACAGUGCGACACUUUCCUAGGCAUCGCGUCAGAGCUGCGUGAACGUUGACACUUGUUUGAUGACAACCAUAGUCAUAUGAUAUCCCCCCGGGCCAAACACAAUAAUACCCGCGCCCGUGGUUUAGUACGAUGAACAACCGAUACCUCGAUGACAGUACCACGGCCCUCAACCAUACGACCUCCAUGAUACUAUCACUUCGAUGACCUUACGGCCACACACAAAUAUUCCCUUCAUGUCUAAUACUAUACACCUUUGACAGCCAUAGCAUAGACUCGGCGUUGAACCAUUUCAAAGAGGCUGCCGUCUUUGCGGCAUCGCCUGUACCUACUACAUCAACCUGCCUUUCGAUUUCUUUUGUUAUUCUUCUUUGUAUAGGGGGCGCAUUACGGCGGGGCAUCUAUGUUCCCUCAGGAGAGCAGGGGCGGGUUCAGUCCCUUGUUUCGGGGCGUUUGGCUAUGUUUCUUUUUGGGCUAUCAUGAGCGGUAUGAAGCCAGUCAAAAGAGAUGGAUCGGUGGAUGGAGAAGAUAGGAUAAAUCAAUGCCAAAGAGCAGUUCCUUUCUAAGUUGACGUCUUUGUCGAAUUGUGAAUCGUAGUUCAGUGCACAGUGACUGAAGUUGUAUGUAGCAACCCCAUGAAAGAAUUCACCAAUCAUCUCUCU